AUGCGCAAGGUCGACAUCGUGGUCACUACACCACUCAACCUGCCUAAGAUGUUGCGAGGUAGCUCUACCCUAAAUUCCUCAUCAUUGUACUUUACACCCCGGGGUCGAGAGGCAUGGAACAACUCGGCCUUUGAGAGGCUCAUCAAUAAAGACUACAACGUCUGCAGCCUAAACCUCCAAUAUCGCAGUCAGAAAGCAAUGUACGACGCGACUUCCAAGAUAUUCUACGACGGCAAAGUGGAGAGUCAUGGCCUCCCGCGCGGUUUGGGCGGGCAUCUCACGGCUUCUCGAAUCACCCGCACCGGUGGGAUGACAUCGCUGCGUGAUGGCAGACGGGUCCGGUUCUCGACACAUGAAACAACUCGGCCUUUGGGAGACUGA